AUGAACCCACGAAAUGAUACAGAAAUUUCAGAAUUUCUUCUCCUGGGAUUUUCAGAGGAACGAGCACUGCAGCCCCUCAUAUUUGGGCUUUUCCUCUCCAUGUACCUGACCACUGUGCUUGGAAACCUGCUCAUCAUCCUGGCCGUGUGCUCAGACUCCCAUCUCCACACCCCCAUGUACUUCUUCCUCUCCAACCUGUCCUUUGUAGACAUCUGCUUCACCUCCACCACCGUCCCAAAGAUGCUGUGGAACAUCCAGACACAGAGCAAAGUUAUAACUUAUGAAGUCUGCAUCACACAGAUGUAUUUUUUUGUACUCUUUGCAGUAUUAGACAAAUUCCUCCUGACCGUGAUGGCCUACGACCGCUUUGUGGCCAUCUGUCACCCCCUGCACUACACGGUCAUCAUGAGCCCCCGGCUCUGUGCACUGCUGGUUCUGGUGUCCUGGAUACUGAGUGCCCUGCAUUCCUUGUUAGAAAGCUUAAUGGUGUUGCGACUGUCCUUCUGUACAGACUUGCAUAUCCCUCACUUUUUCUGUGAACUCAACCAAAUGGUCCUCAAGCUUGCCUGCUCUGACACCUUCAUCAAUAAUGUCGUAUUGUAUCUUGUGACAGGCGUUAUGGGCUUUUUUCCUCUCACCGGCAUCCUUCUUUCUUAUUCUCAAAUUGUUUGUUCUGUACUGAGGAUCUCAACGACAGGAGGGAAGUAUAAAGCGUUUUCCACUUGUGGGUCUCACCUCUCGGUGGUCUCCUUGUUCUACAGAACCUGCCUUGGGGUCUAUCUCAGCUCCACAUGGACACAUGACUCUCAAACAGGGGCGUUUGCCUCUGUCCUGUACACCGUGGUCACCCCCAUGCUGAAUCCUUUCAUCUACAGCCUGAGGAACAGGGACAUGAAAAGAGCUCUGAGAAAGCUUCUCUGCAACACGUUGUCUCCCCAAUGA